AGCAAACAGACCUCAGAGACUGAGCUCUUCUUUUAAUCACAGAAGUUGCUGUUUUCUCUCAGUGUCAGUGGUUGUUGUUCCAGCCCAGGCUUUUAUAUAUGUUAUUCCUGGACUAAUGAAAACGUGAAGUGCUGCUUGCCCUGCAAUACCAAAUUUAUGGAUGAGGAGACAACUUCAGCUUGCCAGCAUGUUCUUGAGGAAGAAAUGCAGAUAUGGAUCACGUAAGCUGCAGUUUCUCUUGUUGUUUCUGAUGCUGGGGUUUUUGCUACUGAUGGUUACAACGCUGAAUCCACCACCCAGCAACCAGAGCAAGGAAGGGACUUUCCAGCCUGUGGAGUUCAACCCCCGGGAAGGGUAUCAGAUGGACUUUGUGGAGACCCAAGAGAUGCUGGAAACCCAGGAGGAGAGCCAGCAGUACUACCCUUUGGAUGGUCUAUCGCCUUUUAUCUCCCUGCGGGAGGAUGAGUUGAUCAUGGCCGUCGUGUCGCCCACCGGCAAAAGGAACCACAGCAAGGCCAGGAAGGGCUAUCGCGUGGUGAAGCAGCACAGCAGGCGGCCGGAGGGGAAGGCAGAGGGGGGCCCCGAGUCGCAGCCGCUGUCCCUGCCUCUGCAGGACGGGCAAGGGGCUGCUGCGGGGGAGCGGCCGCUCGGCCUGGAAACGCACGGCUUUAACGAGGUGCUCAGCGAACGGAUCGCGCUGCGCCGGGACCUGCCUGAGGUACGACACCCGUUGUGCCUACAGCAAAAAUAUGACUCCGGUCUGCCGACUGCUAGUGUCAUCAUCUGUUUCCAUGAUGAAGCCUGGUCGACUCUGCUGAGAACUGUGCACAGCAUUAUGGAUACAGCCCCAAAGGCCUUCCUAAAGGAUAUCAUCCUAGUCGACGAUCUCAGCCAGCAAGGGCCCCUGAAGUCUGCUCUGAGUGAAUACAUCUCUAAGCUGGAUGGUGUGAAGCUCAUCCGGAGCAACAAGAGGCUUGGAGUCAUCCGAGGUCGGAUGCUAGGAGCCGCACGGGCUACCGGGGAUGUGCUCAUCUUCAUGGAUUCCCACUGCGAGUGUCAGAAGGGCUGGCUGGAGCCCCUCCUGGCCAGGCUCUCCAGCAGCCGAAACAGUGUCAUCUCCCCUGUCAUAGAUGUCAUAGACUGGAAGACCUUUCAGUACUAUCACUCUGUGGGCUUGCAUCGAGGUGUUUUUGAUUGGAAAUUAGAUUUUCAUUGGGAACCAGUGCCAGAGCAUGAAGAGAAGGUACGACAGUCUCCCAUCAGCCCUAUCAGGAGUCCUGCAGUAGCUGGUGCAGUGGUGGCCAUGGAUCGACAUUACUUCCAAAAUACUGGAGCUUAUGAUUCUGACAUGACCAUGUGGGGAGCAGAAAACCUGGAACUAUCUAUUAGGACCUGGCUCUGUGGUGGCUCUGUAGAAAUUAUCCCAUGCUCUCGAGUUGGUCAUGUCUAUCGAAAUCACUUCCCCCGCGCUUUCUCCUAUGAAGAGGCCAUUGUGAGGAACAAAAUCCGAAUAGCAGAGACCUGGCUGGGCUCCUUUAAAGAGAACUUCUACAAGCAUGACACAGUGGCUUUCUUAAUCAGCAAGGCAGAGAAGCCAGACUGCAGCGAGCGCCUUCAGCUACAGAAGAGACUGGGCUGUAGAAAUUUCCAGUGGUUUCUAUCAAAUGUGUACCCUGAACUCUCCCAACCUGGAGACACACCAAGAUUCUCUGGCAAGCUUUACAAUACUGGUGUUGGCUUCUGUGCAGAUUACAGGCCUGGAAGAGCUACUGCAGAAGGGUCCAUUGAACUCUCCCCUUGCAGCGACAGUCCCACCCAGCUCUUUGAAUAUAACAUGAAGGAAAUCGUGCUUGGUUCUGCUCCGCUGCUUUGCUUUGAUGUCAGACACGGGAAGGUUAUCCCUCAAAACUGUACAAAGGAGACAGACAACAGCAACCAGCACUGGGAUGUCCAGGAGAAUGGAAUGAUUGUCCAUGUCCUUUCUGGCAAAUGCAUAGAGGCAGCAAAGAGUGAAGAUGAGAAGGACUUGUUUCUGUGUGCAUGUAACAAGAAUGCAAAUCAGGUGUGGCAAUUUGAGCGUUCCCAUGGGCUACGUCAGCGGUGACUGGCAGGUCUCUGCAGAGGUCAAGUCUCCAAAGUUUAACAUUACUUCUGCUUGGGAUUUAAGAUGCAUUUCCUGCAAGGAUGAGAAAGAUGUUUCUGUUUGCUGUAGCAUGCAAGGAAGUCAGGAAUUUCUCUUGUUUAAAAGCCUGGCUCCUGGUUAAUCUAGCUAAAAUUUCUAUUUAUUCUGUGAAGCAGGGAACAGAGAGAUUGUGAGAAUCAAUAAAUUCUCAACUCCGCUAUUGCAGAAGAUACUUAAGUUUGCCCUUUGAUGGAAAUAUGGAAAAUUGGCUGCCAGACAGCUUGUCUUCAGUAUAUGUUGUGACUUCAGAGGAUACAGGGAAAAAAAUGAGAUUUUUGAAACUGUAAGAAGAAGCCAGCUAAACCAGGACAGGAGUUUAGCCUUGUUUUACAGUGCCCUCCAUUCAUAUAAAACAAAGUAGGUUUUGUAUGUAUAAAAGUAAUAGAUGUUUCCAUAUGUAAAGGCAAAAAUUUUGUUUUCCAAUUAACCUGAUCCAAAUUUCUACUCUCUGUGAGAUUACAUAGAGCAUAAAUUAACACUUAAUUAGGUACUAAUUGCUCUAAUUGACUUGGACUACUAACAGUCUUCAGUGUUUGGCACACCGUUCCUUAAAUCCUUGUCCACAGUCUAAUUUGGAUAGGAGAAUGAGACUGAAAUAUUAACAACUUUUUUGUUGUUGUUUUAAUUAUAUUUAAGGACAACUCCUCAGGAAACUUUUGUGGUAGUAAGGAGGGUAACAACUUCUCUGCUUAUUUGGGAAUAGAAAGAAUCAGCGGCAUCCAUUUGCUCUUGUAAAGCCAUGGGAUGAGCUUACUAUUAUUAUUAUUAUUACUAUUGCUAUCACAGUAACAGAAGUGCUGGCUGAAAACAGCAAGUGAAGGGAAUCAGCCAGUUUCAACAGUGGCUACCUAGGGAAAAAACACUGGCUUGCUUGCAUUUGCUUGCAGCCUGAGUUAAGUCUUUCAAGCUGUCAGUUUUAGCCAAGAAGAUUGUAUAGAUUCUUGCUGUCGUGGUACUUCAAGAUGAUCCUGAAAAGACCAAAUUUUCUAAAGAAGCUUCUUCUGUAGAGCCUGCAUUGCUGCUGACCUGCUGUCUGUCAAAGGAGUGAAUGAGAGAUGAGGUUAAAUAACAAGAAUGGUCUCACACAGUAUGAACUUAGUCAGGCAAACUUCCACUUCAGUAUCUCAUUAGGGUACUUUCCUUUUUGAAGAUGAAGUCAAUGGUGACACUUCCCAAGAGCCUGCUAAGAAAGAACAAAGAUUUGGGAGUCUUCCCACAUCAACACCACAUCUGAUUUAUAAUAUAAAUCAAUCAUAAUCCUGUGUACAUAUUAAAGGGGAAGGGCAUCUUUAAUGAAACUCACUUAGGUUUUGCAUUAUUUUCAAGAGACAGAAAAUUGUGGGGUUUUUUUAAUGUACAGCACAUUACAUUGUUUAAACUUCAGAGAAAGGAAGGAGUAACAGAUUAUUCUGCUUAGAGCCUUCCAGUUAGCUGCUCUCAGUGAAUCAUAAUAAAUUGGUAUCAAGCAUAUAAAAUUGGUUACAACAGAGGACACGAAGAAUAUUCUUUGUUGUGUUGUGCAAAACAUCUCCCAGUGUCUAACCCUCUGUCUACUUUGAGUGCUAAAGAUUCCGCACUGUGUUCAGGCAUCACUCCAAUCAUCUUGAUUACCACUUAUGCUUUCUUUGAUAGCAUCAGAAUCUGUUACUAUUUCUGCUGUGUCAUUUAAAAUUUCCUGUGACAUUCUGGAAAGUGCUUUAAUUUUCAGCUAAGAUGAUGAUAGCAACCUCUUCCAGAACACAAUUGAUACCUGACCAUUGCCCAAAUCUAGGGUGAGAAAAUAGAAUUUUUUUAAUUGCAUCAAAGCUGAGUAAAAUGCUGUUUUAAUGACAUGUGAUGCCUUUAUUUUAAAUUAUGACUAUGCCAGGUUUUUAAAUUAUGUAUUAUUUAUUAUAUUUUGGACACUACACUGGGAAUAUAAUUCCUUCAGAAUUUAGGUAAAUGUUAAAAAAAUGUGUAUACAAAUAUGGUAAUUGACCAUAAGUGAUAUUUAUCACAAAAAAGAAUGAAAAGAUUUUUGGUUAAGAGAGGAAAUGUUUGGAAUUUCAGAGACAUGGACAUCUUCAUUUAUACUACUUUUUAACAUCGUAAUAAAAACCUAGAAAAUAAGGUUUGCUGUAGAUAUAUGUACUCUAUAAAAAUAUGUUACCUAAUACCUCUUUGAAAAAUAAAAUGAAAAUCUAUGGUGCAGUACCAUUUAGAAAA